UUUGUUUACGACGAUCCCAAGGAGGUUUUAAUCCGGCCAUGUUAAGAUCAACGGUCUGGAUCAUGAGCGUUACUCGUCCAAUGGACGAACGGACGUGAUUCCUUAUGACCCAACCUCUAUCUUCGGUUGAUUUCAAGAAUAGAAAUUUCCCGCGGCCGCGCAGAUACCGAAUUCGUGCAUCCGAGAAUAAAGGGCUUCAGAAGGCAAUGGCAGCGAUCGCUUCCUUUCUGAAACGCUACUCCUUCCCUCUAAUCCUCUUAUCUCUUUCAAUCUUCUUUCAGCUCUACGUCAUCCCUUCUGCUUUCCCUCCUUCUCACUAUGACGUUCUUGGUGUGAGGCGGUUUACUUCCAUUGAAGAAGUCAGUGAAGCCUACCAAAAGCUGUCAUCGAACUGGAACGCAGGAACUGAGGUCCCCAAGACAGUUGAUUUCAUCAAGAUCCGCUAUGCUUUUGAGCUGCUGACCAACCCAUUAUGGAAGAGAGACUAUGACAGAUUUGGCAUUGAUGAAUAUUUGCAUGUUCUUGAAAGGGUGAAAGGACAAUAUGAUAGGGAAAGCUUUUCAAAGAUAGGCCUCCCACUACUAGAUGAACCUCUCUCCGAUCCCACAGACCAUGCUUUAAAUGUACUCACAUCUCAGGACUUUAUGUCUACCAUUGCAACUGAUAAGGCACAAUUAAUUCAGGUUUAUUCAUCUGGGAGCACCCGUUGCGCACAAUUUUCUAAUAGCUGGAAAAUAAUUGCUCGUUUGUUGGAGGGUGUUGCUAGCACUAGCAUGGUAGAACUGGGCGAAGUUCAGCUUGCAACCUACCUUGCGGAGAGGAGGUCAACUGGCCAACCCUUCUUUAGAAAUGGCCUUCCUUCCCUUGUUGCACUGCCUCCUGGUUGUAGAAGUUCAGAUUGUCUUGUUAGGUACCAUGGAGAUCUCCAAGUGGAUGCAAUCGUUGAUUGGGUUGCAACAACCAUACUUGGUUUACCUCGUAUUCUUUACUACUCGAAGGAAUCAUUGGGACAGAAGUUCAUUAUGAAGAGUGGGCAACAUAAGGUAAAAGUCAUUUGCUUCUCAAAGACUGGGGAACGCGCUUCUCCGUUCUUGCGGCAAGCUGCUAAGGACUACUGGGCUUAUGCCUCUUUUGCAUUUGUGCUAUGGCGAGAAGAGGAAUCUUCUAUAUGGUGGAACAUGUUAGAGGUGGAAUCUGCCCCUGCUAUUGUGUUUCUGAAAGAUCCGGGUGUAAAACCUGUUGUGCACCAAGGAGCCUUUAAUAGCUCAUGGUUAUUAAAUAUCAUGGAACAAAAUAAACACCAAGAUCUUCCCCAACUAAGGAGUAUAACAUCUAUGGAGCUAGGUUGUGAUGCAAGAGGCUAUUCUCGUGCGGGAAAUGAUACAAUGACCUGGUAUUGCGUGGUUCUUGCUGGGAGACCAAGCCUUGAACUUAAUAAAAUGCGCGAAACCAUUCGCAGGGUCCAAGGUGUAUUAUUCAAUGAUAUAGAGUCAAAUACUGCUGAUAAGGACCUUUCAGUGCCACCACUGGCUGCCAAUGCAUUGAAAGAGAAGCGUUUGACAUUUGCAUGGCUUGAUGGAGAAGCACAAAAAAAUUAUUGUUUUUUCUACCUCUUCUCUGAGGACAGCUAUGAAACAUGUGGACCUAGGAGGUACGGAGAUCUUACUGAUGUCCCUCGAUUGUUCAUUGUGCGGUACAAAAGAAAUUCUACAAGGGAUGAUGCAAAGGUCAAGAAAAAUCCCAAAACCAUCUGGGAUUCAUUUCAAGAGGAGGAUCUCAAUCUUGCAUCCCAGCUUGUGGCAAGGUUUAAUGGUUCAGGGGACAUUCAAGAGAUAAUUCAGUGGAUUUCACAGAUAAUAAAGGAUGGAGACACUAGGGAUCUGCCUUUUUUUACAGCAAAGACUCCGGAGCUUAUUCCAGAGGAUGCUGAUCCAAUCUGGUCAAAGGGUACCCAAGGCAUCCUGUCUUCAAGCAAGGGAUUGAAACAAAGGAUUCAGAGCAUAACUUCCGAUAUGUAUGAUCGAAUGAGAGAUCCAAGGCUCGGUCCAAUUUUGCUUUUAGGAGCAUGCAUAUCUUUUGGUAGCAUCUGGUUGCAAAGGAACCAACCAACGCAACCUAGCGAAGAGAUGAAAGAUAGAGCAGAUAGAGCUGCAAGGAGAAGUCGCAGGGCAGCAACAACCUCAAGCCAUGACCGUUCAUCUUCAAUCACUGAUGUGGAACCCAAAGACGCAUAUCAGAUGUUGUUACCAACCGACUCUGAUUCAGAAUAGCUGAUGUUGUGGGAAGGGCGUAAUUUCGAAGCUCACAAAGAGGCGUGAGGGUCUACCAAGUUUGAAGCUCACAGAUAACCAGUUUAAUUAUAAAUUAUAGCCAAGCAAAUGCUUGCAAGUCAUAAAAAGCUGUGGCCAACAUGCAUUCGAUGUCCAUUUAGGGAGCCACUAAUUAGACCCACACCCUUUUAAACUUUUUUCGCUGUACAACAGGACAGCCCAUUAUCUUCUUCAAUAUUCCAUUACCAAUAGUAGAAACAAGGGUGUAUUUAUCAAACAGUGUAAUGUGACUAUCAAUUUUCUUUUAUUUACUCUCCAUUUUCAUUGAAUUGGCUGGAGCAAGAGAUGUGAAUUUCCAUUUUGACUUUCAUGAAAAACCAUAAUUAAAUACAUGCCUUGUUUGAGAACUCA